GUAGCUCGUGAGGGUGCGAGCAACGCGAACUGGUACAUUUGUUGAUGAUAGCUGACCUAAUAGCCAAGCAGACAUUUGAAACUGUAAGGACCAGCCAAGUGUGGCAAUCCAUAUGACCGGCGGAGGGCGGGGACACUUCGCUAGGACGGAGCCGCCAAAUCGUGGUAGAUGCUGCCAAAAAUCGACCACGGAAAACCUGUGGAGUAGACUCGCUAGCUGAAAUCCAAAAGCGUCAUUCUCUACAGCACACAUACAGAGAUAGAGCUCAGUCAGUGGGUUUACGGUGUUUCAGCAACUGCUGUCUACGGAAGUUCUCUCCUGUUGCUGGUCGGUUGAAUUUGUUAACCCUAACGACCAUAGGCUGUGUUUGGGUACUGGUCAAUAUGCCGCGGUCAUUUUUAGUUAAAAAAGUGAAGCACCUUAUCGACUAUUCAUACCGAUGGGAGGAACGAGAACCCCCCAGCCCCACAGAGGCAGCCCCAGCACCUAGCCCUCCGCCUCUCGUCAUUCCACUUGGUAAAGGUUACACUCAAAAUGUGAUGGUUACUCAAGACGAAAUGAAGGAGAAGAUCGACUACAGAUCUACAAAUAAAACGAUAUUAUACUCGCCGUCUGGAGCUUCCGUUAGUUCUAGAGACAGCGGAGAGAAGGAAUCUUACGGUGGGGAGUACCCAGCGGUAAACGGGAGUCUUGACAUCGAAUCACGGCGGUACUGUGGGGAUUCAGAGUGUUCCCAGAGUUCCAAUUCUAGUGGUGACAGCCAUUCUACAGCUUACAGAUACGAAUCAUUCCUCAUUAGAGACGGGAGAUCACGCCGAAGAAAAGAAUCGAACAACCAGAAUGAAGAACAGCCAACAAGGCCCAGAUAUACGUGCACCGAUUGUGGGAAACACUACGCCACGUCGUCUAACCUGUCACGCCACAAGCAGACUCAUCGUAGCCUGGAGUCUCAGCUAGCAAAGAAGUGCCCGACAUGUGACAAAAUAUACGUUAGCAUGCCUGCCCUGGCCAUGCACGUGCUCACUCACAGUCUCGGCCACAAAUGUUCCGUAUGCGGGAAAGCAUUCUCUCGACCUUGGCUAUUGCAGGGUCACCUACGCUCCCAUACAGGGGAAAAACCAUUCGGAUGCGCCCAUUGCGGCAAGGCCUUCGCUGACCGGUCCAACUUGCGGGCCCACAUGCAGACGCACUCCAGUUUCAAACACUUCCGCUGCCAGCGCUGCAACAAGACCUUUGCUCUCAAGUCCUACCUGAACAAACACUACGAGUCCUCCUGCUUUAAAGACUCAAAGGACUGCUGAAGUCGCAUGUUCAAACAAACUUUGCCACUUCGGUCACGUUGCUGGUUUCUAAUCGGUUGUGUCGAGUGAGCACAACUCAUAAACAAAAGGAAAUUUUGCUUAGCCUUACAUAAAACAAAACUGGAACUUUACAAAAAGUUAACCAGCCAAAAAGACAGGUUUAAGUCUUAGUCGAAUGUUACAUUCCUUCUCCACAAUUUCGAGCGCCCUCUGUUUUGCUCUGACAAGAAAGUGAAUUAAUGCUCAAAGUCUCUUUAUGUUAUCAAUUUAAAUUAUUUGAUUACAAAAACCGAAAAGAAAGCCCUGAGAAUUAUUCAACGAACCGUAAUCAAUUAUCUAUUGACGUAGCAAGUAGCAUAUAAAACCAUGCAAGUAAUUGUAAGCAAUAACAAAUAACACUUGUUGAUAUCUUUUUGAACAUUCUUCUGUGCGAAUGGUUACAGGAACCACCUAGUUGCUGAUUGUGUUAACUUCCACAAGAGAGUUUUGUGUUUGCUGCCCAUUCCACUCAAACAACUCAGCCGUCAGAUGAGUACAACGUCUGUUCUACGUCAAUGAUGACUUUAUUUUAAACACCGGUUAGUUAGAGCUACGUGGUUUUUUUUUAUCGCAUGUGUUCAAGCCUAAUUAAAUAUCACUGGUUGCGUCUAUUGCUACAAAGGAGGUAUGCACGACGUGGACACUCGAGUAGAACAGAUUUUUUUUGCUUCAGUGUGUACUGUAACGUCUGGUUAUUUUAGUCAUUAUGAUUUUUGGAUAGUAUGUAUUUUUCAAGACUCGAUACAGAAAUUUACAUUAGAGGGUAAGUUAAGUUCUUCCUGUACUUAAAUCCAAACUACUUAAUUUAAUAAUUGAGCUCACAAGGUGAACCUUUCCUCACAUUCACCUGACACGUUACAGGUGUGUAGCAUACGUCAUCGAAAUUCCUCAGGCUGCACCGUUGACUUCUGAAACAUUUUGACGAUAAAUGCAUUUUAUGCACAUCUACAAGCAUUCUAUUUGUUCAUAUACAUGCAUCUGGUUUACCUCCCUUUUAUACAGAUAUAUAUAUAUAUAUAUGUUUACGUACAAACAAGUUAUACUAGAAAGUGCGUGAAAUUUUUAAGAUAAGCACGUUAUGUAAUACUUAAAUCAUUUUAUCGAUAGGACUAAUUAAGUGUAGUUAAGUAGCAAGAAUGAAACUUUUGGUUAAUACUGCUUUUAAAAAAAAUUCAAAUCCAGAAUGUAGUACCAAACAUACAAUAGAAUUAAGCUCAAGUGGAAAGUCUAGCAUAUUUUAGGUGUUCGUGUCCAUUGUGGUACUUCAAUUUAGCCAAUACUAGACCAGUUCAUGUUAACUGAAGGUAUUAUGACUUUCACCUAUAUACGUCAACACCGCUAUACUCGCUGACUGUAGGGCGGCAGAAAAGUAUGACGUGUACGUAACUGAAAGUACGAUUAUUGUGUGGUGCGCUGGCUUGUAAUUAGGAUUGUAGUUCAAAACAAAUUCGACCAAAAAUGAACGAAUAAGCGAUCUCAACGUGAGCACACAUCAAAACUGAAACAUUUAGUAAAUAGCGGGAAUAUAAAAGCAAAAUUUUAAAAAAUCAAAAAUAAUACAAGUUGUCACUGAAAUAGUCAUGCCCAUCUUGCCCACUACAACCACCACUGUUAAUUCCACUGAAAACAUACGAUCUAUUUUAACACGUUUUCAUAUGCCCUCACUUCAAAAAGGGCCAAUUUUUGUAAACUUAUCUACAAUGUUAAAACUGAAUUCUUUUUCUUCAAUAAGCUCUAUUUCCAAAAUUAUUGAUAUAACAAAAUCAAAGCUAAACUUUUUGAAGCUGUCGUCUUUCAUGUUGCAUACUUCUCUUGUUUUAUUUUUUACCACUUUAUAUUCUCAUAAGUUACAAUAGACAUUAUCUUAUUUUUUCAUCUUUUUUAAUAGUCUUUCCCGAAAGUAAAAGGACUCAAUCUUCAAACUCAUUUAGAAAAUCAAAAAUUUUAUAGCAAUUCAAAAUUAUACUUUUAUGCUUUGAAAAAAGCCCUUAAUCUAAGAAGUCCAGAAUUUAGAGCCAAAUGUCUUUAUUAUAUUAUUGAAAAAAAAAGAAGAGAGAAACUAAAGCUAAAUUCGUCAAUAACCACAAAACAUACAUUCAUGAAAUGAGUUGAAUUCAUUCUAGAUUUAAUUACCUAAAAAUGCAUGUCCAGGUUGCCCGUUUCUAAUUUGUACUUAAAAAAAAACAACAACAAGAAAACGAAACUCAUGUUCGUAAGUAUUUUUUAUUAUUAUUUAAAAUGAUGGGUAUUUUAACUAACUGCCACUUUUAAUAAGUGAAAUAUAUGUAUUCUCCUACAGUUGUUGAAGGUGGAAAAUGAAAAAGACUGUGACAGAAGUUCCCUCCGGGUAUUUCUGUCAGGAAUUUUGAAGUAAGAAUUUAUCGAGAAUUAUGGCACAACAAAAUUGAUAAAUUUUGCUAACAACAAAAAUUUAAUAACAGUGAAGGCAUAAGAGAAAAUAUUUCUACAAUAUAACUGUUAUAUGUAAAAAAAGUUCAUUCAAAAAUAUGUAUGUGAACAGUAACAUCCCUGUUUAUAUCGUGGUUCUGACAGUAUUGUUGAAUCCGGGUGCUCGCUUCGGUUCUAUUGGAGUCUAAUUAAUUAAAAAAAACAAAACAAAAAGAAACAAGUAGAAAAUAAGAAACAAUACUGGCAGCAAUACGGUACAUUGAUAUUUUUUACAGCAUCAAAAAUGAUUUUGACUGAAUCUUUUCUGCAUCCAACAUUAUUCAUAUUUGUUAGUAAUAAGCAUAUUAACGAUUUUAUAUUUCAUAUCCUGCAUUUCAGCUUAAUAGUGAAAUGUAUGGACACAAGUGACAUCGCUGCCAUUACUUUAAUUGAUUAGGUAGCUUUCCGAAACUCAGUUAUAAUUGGUCACGGGAUUAAAGCAAUACUGUAAUUACAGUCUGUAAAAUAAUUAUCAACAAAGUCAAAUUACUGCUACAGUUUUAUCAGCCUGUUUCAUUUUUUGUUCUUUACCCAACAUUAAUUUGUUACUUUUCCGGUAUUGCAUGUGAUUCGCUGCCUUCAAAGAAUAACAUAUAGCACCACACCAUUUUCCUUCUUUUAACAUGGAUGACUGUGAAAGACAAGUUCCUUUAAACCGAACUGACACUAAAUUCCGCAUUAAUAGCCUAAAAUAAGAGAAAAAAAAAAACACACUUCGAUAAGAUGGUUACCGUUGCUAUGGAAACGAUACUCUAGCCUGAUUAUUAAAUUAACCAGUUAUGUGUACAUUGUCGCGUUAAAGUUUCUGUACUUCAGACACGGCGAACUAGAAACCCAGCUCUAGUUUUUAUGAUGUUUUAUUAUUAGUCAAAUCGAAGCCAAUUCGCAGUAAGUAGCAACAACACAGUAUAAAUCACGACGGAGAAAAUAAUCAUAAAGAAACAUCAGUGAGAGCAAGUAAAUAAAGGAAACAUUAGCCUUAAAAACAAAUAAACUACAGGUUUCGGCAUAAAAUAGUACUGUAAAACGAAACGAAACCUUCUUUUUUCUUAAAAUAUCAAACAAACAAGAACAAGAAUUGAUAAGCUACUCUGUUGAUGAAGACGAAUGUAAUGUUAAGGAAUCUCUUCAUCUGGACCCCUGAGGGAUCUUUAAAGCUAUUAUAUUAAUGUAUUUAGUUUGUAUUUUUAUUUGUGAUAUAAUAUAUAUAAC